AUGGCGUGGGGUGCGCGGAGUACUGCUUCUUCGCCGUAGCGGGCGCCGCGCUCAUCGUGCCCAUCGAGUACGUCCUCCUGAACGCGCUCGUCGACUAUCUUGAGAACUCCACUGGGAACACAGGGGAUUUCGCCAGCGGCGAGUACUCCGACGAGCGCGGGAACUUCGUCGGCGAGAGGUACGGGAAGCAGCUGGGCGCGUGGCUGUGCUGCCUGGCGGUGUCCUCGCUCGCGGCCUCGCUCUCCGCGAGGGGCAUGCCCGUGGCCCUCACCGAUCAUAUCGAUCGCAGCGAGGACAAGUACCUGCUCCGCGGACGCGUGGGGACCGUGCACUCAUGGGUGUUUGAUGGCGAGGAAGGGAAGUGCGCGCUGUGCGCGUCGGUGAAGUACAAGAACCAGUAUGCGAUCGGGCAGUGGAGCCGGGAAGACGGUCUCCGUGUGUGCACACUGUGCUUGGGAGGCAAAAAGAGCAUUGGCACGCCGUGGCAGUGUAUGGAGUGUUAUCUGUGGAAGGGUCAGGAUGCUUCCCACACGUCCCAGCACCACUGCUCGAAGCUGACGUCACGGCGUUGCGUGGACUGUCCUGAGAGGCGGAAAUGUUACGUAUGCGAGGUGCGGAAGUACGAGGAUGCGUUCGUGGAUCUGCAGUGGGUGAAGUGCAAGCGCUGCGUCGACGCUGGAGCUGCGCAGAGGGACACGGCUGCGAGGAAGGACGAGAGAGCCUGCGUUGCGUGCGGGGUGGCGCAGCGGCGUGAAUGCUUUUCGCAGUGGAUGUGGGAGGGCGUGGCAGAGCGUCACCGCAAGUGCAAGCGCUGCAUCGAUGGCGCGAAGCUGCAGCGCGGAAAGUGGAAAUGCGUGGAAUGUAAGGGCGCUUUCGAGAGGGAGCACUACAGCACCUGGUUGGCUGGGCGAACGACGCAGAAGGAACUCGACCAGGACGCGAUCCAGCAGGGCAACGUCGUGUGGGAGGACUUCCAGGGCAGCUUCGAGCCGAACCAGCGCCGCGUGAUUUUCAUCGCCACCUUCAGUGACAACGCACUGAUGCGGGUGCUGGUGAACCACUGUGAGUGUCGCCUCGCGGACUUCUUGGCGGUGGUCAAAAUGAUACUUGACGCGGCGCCGCAGAACCUCGAGGAUGGGGGUUCAUGGUCCGAGGGCAGUGGGGAGACUUACCAGGGCUUGCUGGGCGACUUCCUCGCCAUAUUGACGGGCGUCGUUGGCAUUCUCGACCCUGCGCCGGCCGACAAGUACAAUGUGUCCACUGAUGACAUCAUGUUCGCCAUGAACAUGGGUUCCACCCGCCAGAUGACUCAGCUCCCUGCACCACCGGAGGAGGGCGAGGGGUCGGACGCAGAGGCCGCAGGGGCAGCUACGAAAGAAGAUGAAGGCGCACGAAAGAUCUUGGCAGACUUAGUCGAGAAAGUCAACCUGCUCCAGACCAGCAUCGCCGCUGACACGGCGUUCGAGGCGAAGUACGCCGAGUGGGAGGCCGUUGCCUUGACUGAGGACGACGGGAAGAUGCGUCUCGCCCAGGUGCUGAGCAGUCUGACCGAUUGCAGCGUCGAGGAGGACGACGCUGUCGACCAAGGCACAGUGGGGACAAUCGUAAGCAUUCUGAAGCAUAUCCCUACUCUGGCUGCACAGUUGCGGCCUGGGGCCACCGCAGAGUUGGAGAAGCUCUGGGUCGAGAAAGCCACGGCGCUUGCAGCCUCCGUCAACGGGUCCCAGUCCGCAGAGUACAGGGCGCGCGUGAUGGCAGAGUUUUACCCGAGCUUGUCCAGCGCAGUUCCGAUUUGCGGCGAUCCGUUCAAGCAGAAGCUGAAAGGGCUCAUGGCCAAAGUGGCGUCCGUCCAGGAGGAGACCCUCAGCGCGCAGAAGCUUGUCACCGUCGACAAUGCAGUGCUGAAGGUCGAGUCGGAUCGGAGCGAGGAGUCUCGGAGUAUUCUAUCCUUGGCGUUGCAGAAGUGUUCUGGCCUCACCUUCAGCGACGGAGCGGCGCCCGCCGCUAACUUCGCGAGCUCCAUCGUCAAGGCUGCCGGGGCGGUCCAGAUGUUGAUCCCCAUGCUGUCCUCCACCCCGGCGUGCUACAAGGACGUUUUGAAGAUGGCAGUGCCGGUUUUGGACAUCAAGAAGCAGGAGACUAUCUUCGCGAAGCUUGGGGACACCAUGGAGCAGCGCAUGAAUCAGAAGGAUGCCAAGGGCAACCGCCCCCAGUUGGACGCGCUCUGCCGGGUGGUCGCUACCGCGUUGAAGGCCAACGCCCAGCCGCUGGAGGAGAGUGCCUACGACGGCGAGGACACGCUCGGGUCAUUUGAAAACGUGAUCAUUCAUGAAGAGUUGGUCAAGUGCUUGUGCGAUGCCAAGGGCCAGCGCAACGACGCCAUCCUUCAUCUGGUGGACGAGGUCAUGAAAGUCCUGAGCGCCGCACUUACUGGUUACGAGCCUUUGGCCGCUGGCGGCAAAGACGGCGAGUCGUGGAAGAAAAACUUGAAGGAUAAUUGCCAGAUGACUGAAGUCAUGAAAGCAGCUAAGUCGACGAUCCACGCGAUGAACCCCAAGGAUACGCACAGCAAGUUGACAGCCUUGCAGAAUGCUCUCACCGCAGCCACGAAGGUCUUGACUAAGUACCAGGGUGUGCCAGAGGGGCCCGGUGUCUCGGACGCGGUCCAGAAGCGCGACGCAGCGGAGAAGGUGUUCAAGUUGGGCAGGAUCACGUGCACGGAAGCCAUCCUCACAGAGAACGGUGGCAAGGACCUCACCAAGGAUGCGAUCAUGAAACAGAUCAGGCUCGUCACCGCGGCGGGCGCCCAGACGACCCAGAUCCACCCUGCGAUCUUCAACAUGGUGAACAAGAUCCUCAACCCCAACAAGUAA